CCAAUGGUUUUUCACACCCAUAGUUUUGCUGUUAAACCCUUCGACCACAGUGCAAUAGCUUGCUUCCCAGACUCAUUGCCUUCCCUGUGGUCAAUCCUUUGUGGUCCAAGAACGUCCUUUUUUUUUGGGUCACUGUCUUCCUCUUGAGUUCAGUCUCCAACUCUGAAACAAGGGUCGUAGUUUAUUGUUACUUGGUUUUGACUGAAGAGGAUGUUGUUGUCCUGAUUUUUAUCCCGGUUCGUGCAAUACUCCCAUAGUAGGGUUACCAUGGUUUUCUGUGGGAGAGGUGGUUGGGUGUUGGUCACCUAACAGACGUGGGUCGCAGAUGGUUUGUGUGUGAGUCGAAGGGUUAACAUCUGAUUUGUGACGGACACAGCAAACAAAGACGAGGAUUAGCUGUAGUGUAAUAACCAAUUAAAACUGUGCUACGCUGUACUAAGCACUAGGGAUGUCCCGAUGGAGGUUUGAUUUCCUCUCACCUGAUCAUUUUAUUUGGGUAUCGGCGGAUCCAAGUCUUGAUCCAUCAAUUUCUCUAAUAUGAAUAGCAAUAAAACAGAAAUAACAAUAAAACACGUAGAUAUGGGUUCUUUUUCUGUAUAAAAUAAUCAACUAAUGGUUUUAAAUACCUUUAUAAAUACCUCUGUGGUGAGCUAUAUAUUUAUAGCUCAACCUAAAACUAUAAAUAUGUGAAUGAGACCCUCAUUAGCAUGGACUGUGAAUGUUUUCCUCAAUUGUUACCACCUCGUUAAAUAUCCACAAUAAAAGAUGUGUUAAUGUGUGUCUGGCUAUGUUUGUUUUCCACAUGUUAGCUACCCAGAUUCACAGCUCUGUGCCAUAGUAGGGAUACCUCUUGUUCUCGACUGGUUUCUGGUAGCUAGCUAUUAGACCAGAAAUCGCUCCACAGUGAAGAGGGGAACACACUUUCCUUCACAGAGCAGGAGAUUAGGACACAUCUUGACAACAACAUGAAACUAUAGCCCCUCUCACAAAAUUCCGGGUUGACCCGGGAUUUGAAUGGCUCGGUUCGACUCGGCUUUCAGUGUGAAAAGGCUUCCUGCGUUGUCCCACUAAUUUACACAAUGAUGUUGAUGUACCUGCCUAUUGCAUUCUGAUUUUGUCAAUGGACGGCCUGUUAGACUGUCAUAGAAGCUCCAGGGCUGCAAGCAGCUCAGAACGGAGUAAAGUUUUGGUCAUCAUCCAUAAGUUCAGUCUUCCUGAUGGUCUCCCCGAGACCGAUCUCUAAAAGGCAGAGAUUUUCUUAUUUUUAUUUUUUUUUUCAAACAAAUCAAAUGUGUUGUUACACAAUUAUUUGUGGAAAUGCACAGGCGACUUAGAACUACGUCAUGUUCAGGAAAUUGCAGCAAUUGGGGAAUCUUGAUGUGCAAUGCGCAUGCACGACUGUUUAUAUACAGUCUGUAUAGCGAUAUGGCACACUUUUUUUUUUUUAUCGAUAACUUAGCAGAAGGUCAGACCCGCUACUGCUGGCAAUGUGAAAGUACACCGUGGUGAGUCGACCCGGGUCAGAAAAUCCUGUGUCAACCAUUUUUAGUAUGAUAGCGGUGUAUGUAAAUGUGACAGUAUACAAGUUGCACGGUAACUUUUAUGUUGCUAGCUUUUAGCUGCAACAACAUAGUCACUUAUGUUGGGGCCGAUUCCCCUAAGGAAAGGGAAAUGCUCUGCUAGUUACAUACAUACAACAUCUGAUCUCAAUUUGUCUGUCUGUACAUAAGCAGUGUCAUUAUGUGGUCCAUAGAAUAUUGUACCAGCUGCUGGAUCAGAACCAUGAACAGCUCUGUUGAAUUGGGGAGAUGAUCCAAAUCUUGGAACAAGCUGUAAAGUCUCUCACAUUCUUAAUUCAGAUCACGCCAAUAACCAGCUUAAUGUAAGUUCUUGUGAAGUCCAGUCCAAAUACCUGGAUGCGUUCUUGCUGUUUUAUCGAGGACGUAUCAGGUGGUAACUUGUGUGGACUUGCUACACCCAGGAAUGCAUUUCAAGAACGCUGCUUUUCCACUUACAAAAUGACUGCCCAGGAUCAUCUGGAGUUUCUACUACAGAACCAAACUUGUCAAGUCUGAACUAUCAAGUAUGAAAGCCUCAAGUUUGUUUACUUGGCGUUAAUAAUCAAUCAUCAUAAACUACUUCAGGUUUGAUUUGAGACAACUUUUUAAAAAUGCCUGGAUCGGCUCCAGAUACCGAUUAAAAUGACUUGAUCAGGACAUCCCCAUUGGGCACAGCAGCACUACAUUCCCAGGCAGGAAGAGGAGAAUUAAUUUAUCUAAUAUAUUUAUUCAUAGAUUAAGUUGUACAACAACGUGAGACUUCUCCACAGCUCUUCAAAUUGGCUCAAGCCUAAUGAUAGUCAUUUAAUUAUUAGCCUAUGUCGCUUGUUAUGACUUUAAACCAUAACUAUGAGUCAGGUAGUUUUAUUUUAUUCAUCUUCCGCUGAUACUAUUAAUGGCCACCGGUUCCUGGGUGCCUUUACCUGACGCCUGCAUGUAGAGAGAGAGCUCUCUGUUGUACAAACUUGUUGUGUAAAUAUAUUUUUAUUUUACACCUCUCUCUGUAAAAUAUAAAUAUGUUAUCAAAGGAAAAAAAUGUGUUACCGCAAUACCACAGGCCCAUACUAACUGUCCUUAAUUUCUCUCCUACAGCAGUACUGCUUUGCCAGUCCUGUACUGCACUCUGUUAAGGGUGCAGCAACUCAUCCUGUGUAGGUUAUGGAGAACUGUGCACUUUUUGUCAGUUUGGUCAGGGUCCACUGGCUGCUGCUUCUUUUUUAUUUUUUUCCCCCAAAACCUCAACCUAUUAAAAAAAAAAAGAAAUAAUAAUAAUAAUAAUAAUCGGGUUUCCAACAAAUUAUUUAGCAAACCUCCCUCCUCCGUUUCAUUCAUGAUGGAAAGCCUGUCGCCAAAUAUUUAGCAAGAUCUGCAUAUUAUAGUUUUUUUUUUAUCUUUUAUUUUCCUGAUUUAAAUGCUUAUUUUUUAUUUAUUCAUUAUCAUUAUUUUGAUAAUCUCAAAUUUUAAUCUGUUAAAUACUUAUUUAUAAUAAUAAAUAUGGGAAGCUGGGCCCCGAGAAAAUUCUUUUGUUUUUAUAUAAGUUUUUAAUUUAUUUUUUGAGUGCCGUGAAUCAAUGCAACACAGGUGGUAUACUGUUGUGUGUGAGUUCAAACCCUUUUCCAAAGUGUUACUAAUGGUAAAGAGAAAUUUUCUAGGCUUCUUUUCUGCCGGUUGAAGUCUGACUGCAGAAGGACCCUUGGCACUGAAAGUGGGGCAAAACGCCGGACCCCAAGCUGCAGGUCAGGUCUUACGUGGACGUCAUGUUGGAGCAGAACUUGUCCAAAGAGGAGAGAGAGAUUCGUCUACAGCUGGCAGAGAAGGCCAAGUCAGGGGACCUGAAAGCUGUCAACGGGUCCGCCGCCAUUCAAGCCGCCGCAAAACGCAAGCGCCGCUGGGACCAGACAGCCGAUCAAACCCCCUCCAACACUACACCCAAAAAGAUGUCCAGCUGGGACCAAGCUGACUCCUCUGCUGAGACUCCAGGGCACACCCCUGCACACACGCCUUCAAACAGCCGAUGGGAUGAAACCCCCGGCCGCCCUAAAGGCAGCGAGACCCCAGGUGCCACUCCCAGCAGUCGCAUGUGGGACCCCACUCCUAGCCACACUCCUGCAGGCGCCGCAACCCCAGGCAGGGACACACCCGGUCACGCCACACCUGGCCACGGCGGAGCCACAGGAAGCGUCCGCAAGAACCGCUGGGACGAGACCCCAAAGACAGAGAGGGAGACCCCGGGACAUGGCAGCGGAUGGGCCGAAACGCCACGAACUGACAGAGGGGACGAGUCAGUGGGCGAGACACCAACUCCAGGGGCCAGUAAAAGGAAAUCUCGGUGGGAUGAAACACCCGCCAGCCAGAUGGGAUCCUCAACGCCUCUGCUUACUCCUGGAAAAACUCCCAUCGGAACGCCAGCGAUGAACAUGGCCACACCAACGCCAGGUCACCUGAUGAGCAUGACUCCAGAGCAGCUGCAGGCGUGGAGAUGGGAGCGGGAGAUUGACGAGAGGAACCGACCUCUUACAGAUGAGGAGCUUGAUGCCAUGUUCCCCGAGGGUUACAAAGUCUUGCCUCCUCCGGCUGGUUACGUGCCGAUUCGCACCCCGGCCCGUAAGCUGGCGGCCACCCCCACACCCAUUGGUGGAAUGACAGGCUUCCACAUGCAGGCCGAGGAUCGCACCACAAAACAGAUGAACGACCAGCCCUCAGGAAAUCUUCCCUUCCUCAAACCUGACGACAUCCAGUACUUUGACAAACUGCUGGUGGAGGUGGACGAGUCCACACUGAGCCCUGAAGAGCAGAAGGAAAGGAAGAUCAUGAAGCUGUUGCUAAAGAUUAAAAAUGGAACACCUCCCAUGAGGAAGGCCGCUCUGCGUCAGAUUACCGACAAGGCUCGUGAAUUUGGAGCCGGCCCUCUGUUUAACCAGAUCCUGCCGCUGCUCAUGUCGCCCACCCUGGAGGACCAGGAGCGCCACCUGCUGGUCAAAGUCAUUGACCGCAUCCUCUACAAGCUGGAUGACCUGGUCCGGCCAUAUGUUCACAAGAUUCUUGUGGUUAUUGAGCCGCUGCUGAUUGAUGAGGACUAUUACGCCAGAGUAGAGGGCAGAGAAAUCAUCUCUAACUUGGCAAAGGCUGCCGGUUUAGCUACAAUGAUCUCCACAAUGCGGCCCGAUAUUGACAACAUGGACGAGUAUGUCAGAAACACCACUGCCAGAGCCUUCGCCGUGGUGGCCUCUGCCCUCGGCAUCCCUUCCCUCCUGCCUUUCCUCAAGGCUGUGUGUAAAAGCAAGAAGUCCUGGCAGGCUCGCCACACUGGCAUCAAGAUCGUGCAACAAAUCGCCAUCCUCAUGGGCUGUGCCAUCCUGCCACAUCUCCGCAGCUUGGUGGAGAUUAUUGAACACGGUCUGGUGGACGAGCAGCAGAAGGUGAGGACCAUCAGUGCCUUGGCCAUUGCUGCCCUGGCUGAAGCUGCUACGCCCUAUGGUAUUGAGUCCUUUGACUCUGUCCUGAAGCCUCUGUGGAAGGGUAUCAGGCAGCACAGAGGAAAGGGUCUGGCUGCUUUCCUCAAAGCUAUCGGCUACCUGAUCCCUCUGAUGGAUGCUGAGUACGCAAACUACUACACCAGGGAGGUGAUGCUGAUCCUCAUCAGAGAGUUUCAGUCCCCCGACGAGGAGAUGAAGAAGAUUGUGCUCAAGGUGGUGAAGCAGUGCUGUGGCACUGAUGGUGUGGAAGCAAACUACAUCAAGACCGAGAUCCUUCCACCUUUCUUCAAACACUUCUGGCAGCACAGGAUGGCUCUGGACAGACGCAACUACAGACAGCUGGUCGACACCACGGUAGAGCUGGCCAACAAAGUCGGGGCGGCGGAGAUCAUUUCUCGCAUUGUGGAUGACCUGAAAGAUGAGGCAGAGCAGUACAGGAAGAUGGUGAUGGAGACCAUUGAAAAAAUUAUGGGCAACCUGGGUGCAGCUGACAUUGACCACAAGCUGGAGGAGCAGCUGAUAGACGGCAUCCUGUACGCCUUCCAAGAGCAGACGACUGAGGACUCUGUGAUGCUGAAUGGUUUUGGUACAGUGGUGAAUGCCCUUGGGAAGCGUGUCAAGCCCUACCUGCCUCAGAUUUGUGGUACGGUGCUGUGGCGUCUCAACAACAAGUCAGCCAAAGUCCGUCAGCAAGCCGCUGACCUCAUCUCCCGUACAGCUGUGGUCAUGAAGACCUGCCAGGAGGAAAAGCUGAUGGGUCACUUGGGUGUGGUACUGUAUGAGUACCUGGGUGAAGAGUACCCUGAGGUGCUGGGUAGCAUCCUGGGAGCGCUGAAGGCCAUCGUUAAUGUCAUUGGUAUGCACAAGAUGACUCCACCAAUCAAAGACCUGCUUCCGCGUUUGACUCCCAUCCUGAAGAACAGACACGAGAAGGUGCAGGAAAACUGCAUCGACCUGGUGGGCAGGAUCGCCGACAGGGGAGCUGAAUAUGUGUCAGCCAGGGAGUGGAUGAGGAUUUGUUUUGAGCUGCUGGAGCUGCUGAAGGCUCACAAGAAGGCGAUCCGCAGAGCCACUGUCAAUACGUUCGGUUACAUCGCCAAAGCUAUAGGGCCUCACGACGUCUUGGCCACUCUGCUGAACAACCUGAAGGUCCAGGAGCGCCAGAACAGGGUCUGCACCACUGUGGCCAUCGCUAUUGUGGCAGAGACCUGCUCACCGUUCACCGUACUGCCCGCGCUCAUGAACGAAUACAGAGUGCCCGAGCUCAAUGUGCAGAACGGCGUCCUCAAGUCGCUCUCCUUCCUUUUUGAGUACAUCGGAGAGAUGGGCAAAGACUAUAUCUAUGCCGUCACGCCCCUGCUGGAGGAUGCCCUCAUGGACAGAGAUCUGGUCCACCGACAGACUGCCAGCGCCGUUGUCCAGCACAUGUCUCUGGGUGUUUACGGCUUCGGCUGCGAGGACUCCCUCAACCACCUGCUGAACUAUGUGUGGCCCAACGUGUUUGAGACGUCGCCUCAUGUCAUCCAGGCCGUCAUGGGGGCAUUGGAGGGGCUGAGGGUUGCCAUCGGGCCCUGCCGCAUGCUGCAGUACUGCUUACAGGGUCUCUUCCACCCAGCCAGGAAGGUGAGGGACGUCUACUGGAAGAUCUACAACUCGAUCUACAUCGGCUCCCAGGACGCCCUCAUUGCUCACUACCCACAGGUCUACAAUGACGACAAAAACGUAUUCGUCCGCUACGAGCUGGAAUACGUCCUGUAAAUACAAAUCCACCCCUCCUCUUUCCUCCUCCUCUGGAUCGUCUCCCCCAUCAUCUCCCCUCCUGGUCGGUUUGUAUUUAGCGGCUCUGUUUGUCGCCAGCUUCCCGUAUUCAAAGCUGGAAGUCAAAGAAGGAAACUUGUAGAGUCUGUAAUUUUUUUUUUUAUUAUUGUCCUGUUUUAUUUUUGUUGAGCUACAAGCAGAGCAGCAUCAAUCACCACAGAGUUUUGAAACCAUAUGGAUUAUUUUGUCAGUGUGUAUUGACCACAACCUUCUCCCUCUGUUCUUAUUAGAUCAAUGCUUUAUUUAACCAAAUAAAAUGUUUGUGUAUAAAAAUCCAUUUCGGUUUCUCAUUUUUUGCUUUACUAACUAAAGACAAAGAUGAAAUGUUUCAGAUUUUGAUGACAAUGUAUUCUAGUUUCCUUGUUCAUGUGAGUUUUAUUGGAUUUACAUAAAUUAAGUUCUUCAAUAAACUUGAAGUUGUUCA